AUGGCGAACACGAACAUCACGACGGGCAUCAGGACCAAGAGGGUCACGUUGGCCGACAUGGUGACCGGGAUCGCCCAGUUCAGGAGCGAGCUCUUCUCCAUGCUCUCGGCCACCGAGGUGUCGAUAACCGUCCGCGUGUGCAGGGACACGCUGACGCAGACGGAGAUGGUGAGGUAUUUGAACCCGGUCAGGGACAUGGGCAUCCACACAAACACGAUCAUGGACUUGGUGUCGGUGGGGUACGACUGCAUCCUCAUCGGCAUGGACACGUUCGACAUCAUCUCGAGGAUCACGAGCCCGUUCGAGUACUGGGUCCACUCGAUGAACCCGAAGACGUUCAUGUUCGUGUUGAUGAUAGCGGACAGGAGGACGGACUCGAACUGGGGCGUGAACGAGCCCAGCGACGUGGUGCUGUACGACAUGGAGAGUCAGACGAGGUACUACAAGCGGAUCGGGUCCAUCAACUUCGUCGAGGACAUGGUCGGCCCGAGCCUCAUGAACAGCUACAGCUGCGGGAACACGAACCCCAUCACGCUCAUGUGCCCGAACACCAUGGUGAGCAGGUACAACAACAUCUCGACCAUGGUGGACAGCACGGCGCUCAUGCGCAUGGACGACCUCGAGUUCAUGAUCAACAACAUGCUGAUGCGGACGAACGACAACACGUACUGCACCGGCUACAUCAACCUGACCAGGGACCCGUUCAGCGUCGUGAGGAUGGACGCGUUCAGGGACGUCGACGCCGGCCGCCGCACGAACCUGUUCAUCAACGACGUCCGGCCGGAGGACACGCGCAGGACGAGCAUCCAGUUCAUAUGCAUGCACACGAGCAUCAACGAGCCCGACGUCUCGCACCGCGACCCGUACAUGCUCAACGACAUCGUCAUCUUCUCGUUCCCGUAG